CUGCCGAUGGCGGGCGGCAUCUUCUCCCCGCUUGGGAGCUGCGCGGAGCUGGAGCAGGGCGCCUGGCACCCGCUGGUGUGCCUGCUGUGCCACGGCCCCUUCCAGCAGCCCUGCCUGCUCGACUGCUACCACGCCUUCUGCGCCAGCUGCCUGCGGGGCCGCGCCGCCUCCGGCCGCCUGCGCUGCCCCCUCUGCGGGCAUCCCUCGGUGGUGCGGGGCGGCACGGGGCUGCCACCCGUGGACCGCCUGCUUCAGUUCCUGGUGGACAGCUCGGCGGAGGGCUCGGAGGACGCGCAAUGCGCCAACUGCGACCGGCGAUGCGUCGAGGCGGAUUUGGACACCAUGUGCUUCUGCAACACCUGCAGCCAGCCGCUGUGCGCCCCGUGCCGUGAGGAGACUCACCGCGCCAAAGUCUUCGCCCGCCAUGAGAUCGUGUCGCUCAGCAAGCGCACCAAAGCCAUCCACAAGAAGUGCCCACUGCACGAGGAGCCCUACAUCAUGUUCUCCACCGAGAAGAAGUCCAUGCUCUGCAUCAACUGCUUCAGGGACAUGCAGGGGGAGAGCCGUGCGCACUGCAUUGACAUCGAGACGGCGUACGUGCAGGGCUGCGAGAAGCUGGACCAAGCGGUGCUGGCAGUGAAGGAGCUGCAGACAUCCACACGGGAGGCCAUCGUCCUCCUCAAGGCCAUGAUCGAGGAGGUGCGCAACAGUGCCAGCGAGGAGGAGUCAGCCAUCAACGCCCUGUUCAGCGGCAUGCAGGAGCAGCUCUCUGACAGGAAGAAAGCACUCUUGAAAGCUGUGCAGAGCCAGCACGAGGAGAAAGAGAAGGCGUUCAAGGAGCAGCUGGCCCACCUUGCCUCCCUGCUGCCCACCCUGCAGGUCCACCUCGUGAUCUGCUCAGCCUUCCUGAGCUCCGCCAACAAAGCUGAGUUCCUCGACCUGGGCUACCAACUGAUGGAGCGGCUGCAGAGGAUCGUCAAGCUGCCGCACCGCCUGCGGCCAGCCCAGACCAGCAAGAUCAACACUGAGUACCGUGCAGAGUUUGCACGCUGCCUGGAGCCCCUGCUGGUGCUCACCCCUCGCCGCUCUGUGGUGGGCAGUGCUGGUGGCAUCGGGUCUGGCAUCAGCGGAGCAAACAUGAUCCCCGGCGGCCAAUGCUCCAAGACACUGAUGGUGCCCGGCUGCCCCCCCGCUGGUGAUAAGAUGUCCAGCAGUUCCAUGGUGCGGAAGCCGACGCUGCACCGAUACAUCAGCACCAAAGUGCUGCUGGCCGAGGGCCGCGAGACGCCGUUCGCUGAGCACUGCCGCAACUAUGAGAACACCUACAGGAUGCUCCAGGCAGAGAUCCAGGGCCUGAAGGACCAGGUGCAGGAGCUGCACCGUGACCUCACCAAGCACCACUCCCUCAUCCGCACGGAGAUCAUGAGCGAGAUCCUGCAGAAGUCGCUGCAGAUGGAUGUGCAGAUUGCGGCCCACUACUCCUCUGUGGAAAUGAUGCGCAGCGUGUUUGAGGAGGUCUGGGAGGAGACGUACCAGAGGGUGGCCAACGAGCAGGAGAUCUAUGAAGCCCAGCUCCACGACCUGCUGCAGCUGCGGCAGGAGAACAGCUGCCUGACCACCAUCACCAAGCAGAUCGCGCCCUACGUCCGCUCCAUCGCCAAGGUGAAGGAGCGGCUGGAGCCCAGGUUGCAGGAGCCCCGGGAGCCCAAGGAUGAGCACACGCAGAUGCUGCUCAGGGUUGAUGACAGCAGUGAGGCAGCACAAAGGGACAGCUCACCCAGCGGCACGGACAGCAGGGAGCGGGCGCUGGGCAGCCGAGGGGGCUGCACACCCGCUCUCAUCCCCAGGGAUUCACCCCCAAAGAAGAAGGAGCACCGUGGCAGCACACAGAGCAGCGGGACCCCGAGUGCAGAGCGGCAGGAGCCCCCCGGCUCGAGCUGAGCUCCGGGAGCUGCGCUGCUCAGCAUCGGCUGUGAGCGACCGCGGUUUGCGUGGGAAUGGUCAGCUGUGGGAGAGCUGCCCUGCGGAGGCACAGACCUGUGUCCAGCACGCCUGGAUGCUGCCUGCUUUUGUCUUUCUGUUAGCGGGGGUUGUGGUUUUCCUCAUAGAAUGUUCAAACACGUGGCUCGUGCCAUCAGCAAGGAUGGAAAAACAGACUGAAUGUGGCUGAGUUUGGAGUGUAUCGCAUAGCAAACAUCCGGCUUAGGAUGACUGAAAGAAAAUUCCUUUGUAUUCCCCAUCCUGUGUGUGAAAAGUGAAAAUAAAAGUGCAUAAAUGGA